AUGAUCCUCUGUACGAAUAAAAUGGAGUACCCCCUAAGAACCCAGUUCCAGCGAGUCCAGAAACAGGUAGGUUAAAAUUGUCAAGAGGGAGAAAAGAGCCUACUCCAGAUAGUUGGACACAAUCAGAGCUAACGGCUAACUGUGUAGCCUGAGUGACGUUCAUUCAUUUAUUAAAACGGUAACUUUACGUUUUCAAAAACAACCCCCGCUGCUUAACCAGCUCUUCAGUUUUAACUCUUUCCGUUUACUUUUGUAGCUUCGUAUUAGUUGUUUUUGGCAGCUCAAAGCAGCUGUGUAAGAUGAUAAAAGGGGGGCUGUGAACACUUCUUUCAGUCACUAAACUUUUGACAAACAGCAGCUGCGGUUCGCUGCUGAGCGAAAAGUAGCCGUAACAAACUUCCUAAAGGCUGCGAGCUAAUUCAGUUAACACACAACCGAGUAAAAAAUACAGUUUAAAUCUUGUACAAGUUAUUUUCUAAUGAGUAAAUACAUGUUUAAGUGUCGUUUCUCUCACUGCAAGGAAACGUUUUAUCUCCACAGCCGUUUGAAUGUCAUUUACCGUUAAAGUUCGUCAUAUCGGUGACAGUUUUGAACGUUAAGAUUACGUUAAGAACGUUAAAAUCUGCCGUGUAACGUUAAUAAUGUCCGUAACACACCACUGCAAAGACGACUCUGGCUUUGUUGUCUCUGCGAGGCUGGUUUUAAACGUUUUAAACCAUCAAUUUUAAUAUAUCGCACUGAUUUUAAGAAGCACAACGCUGAGAUGGAGUUAAAGUGAGAGAGCGAUGCUUCAAGACAAGAAACCUGACGAUGACAUCAUCCGAGGGUUUGGAGAAAGUGUCAAUCAAGCAGCUUGUUGGCUGUGAAGUAAUGCAGAGAUAUUUAUUCACUAUAAAUACGACAGGGAUGAGGCUGUGAAGGGACAGGGCUUCAUUGAAGGGUUUCGAUCGAAGGAUAUUGUUGAGUUGAAAUUGCAUGAAGUGCUUCCACUGUUCGUCGACUUCUUAUUGUGCUGUUUUCUUGCUGGCUGAACUGGACUGCCAAUCAAAGUUGUUUUUCUCCUGUGUCGCUGCAUUUUCACUUUGCGACAGAAGGGGGGCGCCGUCUCAAGUCCAAAAAGACAGGUUUGCUGCAGAUUAGAGCGCAGAAAUGGAGCAAAAACAGGCAGGAAUGUGAGCAGCAAGGGAUUCAAACCCCCUACUUUGAUUUCAAGUACAUUUAGUGUUUCUUUUCUUUUCUCUGACCCCCUUUCUUGCUUUUUAUCCACAUUGUUAGACAGCAGACUCUCUUAAGUGUUUGACCUCUUGAUGGUUCUGUUGCAUCUGCAGGCUGCCUGUUAAACAACUAGAUAUUUUGCAGACUAGAACAACCAACUCUACUGUAAUAACCUCAACCCUCCUUGUUUGUUUGUGAAUUAGGUCUUUUGUGACUUCAUCUCCCUCUCACUCUACCUGCCUGCUGAGUUUUCUGACAGGUCCAGUCCCUCACUGGCUGCACUGGGGCUCAGAUUUCUGUCUCGGGUUUUUUCUUUUAUUUUUUUAUCCUGCAGCACUGUAUUUUGUUUGUCUUGUUUGUGUUGUAUGCGCUGUCCUGCCCAGCAGCUCCUUUUCCCUCCCCUCUCCUCCCUUCUCCAAACAUCUUUGGGCUGCAGCUGGUUUGUUUUUGGGCUACUCCCUGAGUUCAGGUUGCAGAGACAAAAUCGUCCCCUGGCUGCUUGUGUUUCCGGCCAGGACGCCAGCGCAUGAUAAGAACAGACCCCCCGUCCAGGCUCAAUUGGAAUGCAGAUUGAAUGUCGUCGGCCUGUAUCUGCAGCAGCCCCCCCCUCCUGCAGCCCACCAAUACCAUGCAUGCUUACAGACAGACACCACAUGUGCACAUGCACGUCUCGUUUCAUACUGACACAUUUACCCUUGGAGGCCUGCUAGCAUCAUUUUCUCACUUCUUUGUGUGUCGUCUCCUCCUUCCUCUUGCCUGCACAGUACUGCUGUUUUGCUUGUCAGCCUGCUAUCAAAGCCUGUCUUUGUCUCCUUUUACCUUUCCUCCCCACGGUGACGUCACUCCUGUUUUUCAUUUCAUCCAUGCCUCUUGCUCCUUUCUGAUCAAUAACCAAAUGACCUCUCCUGUGGCCAAGGCUUUUUUUAUUUUUGAAUGUCAAAUGAUCUGCACCUGUGAAUACCUUCAAACAACCAGCCCUCUGUUCCUUGUUUAUUUUCCGGAUUUUUCUCAGCCAAGCCACAAGUUUGUAUUGGUCUUGUGAUUUGAAUACAGCAGUGUUUUAAUGUCGACAUUUUUGUUUCGCUUUGUCACCCUGAGGCUUGUUGUUUCCCUCAGAAGAAAUGGUUUUAUUUUCAAAUCAGUUGCUGCUGGGCAUACUGUAAGCAGAAUCAAUAGGUUUAUGUGCACAAAGCCUUUAUGUGCAUGUGCUCCGUCAGACUGUUAGGAUCAGAAAAUGCUUUGUAAUACCACACACAGUUGCCCUGAUGAUGAUUCGUUCCAUUUUGUUUUAUAAAUCCACCCACACUUGCUUGUUACCAGAUGUCUUUUCGUUCGUUUCAUGCAGUUGUUUCUUCAUGUGGGUGGACAAUAAGGAGUGUAUCGCCUCAUCAGAGGAAUUGCUGCGUGCUGCUUUUGUGUGUGUGUGUGUUUUUUAAAUGAAGCAUCAUAGAUGAGCUCAUGAGCGCAGCUUAAAGAAAAAAAGGACUGCAUAAACCUUUGUCUUUUAGAAUAUUGAUUGGGUCUGAUGGGAAUCUUCCAAACAUAUAGUAUGACGGCUCAGUAGUCUGUAUAUGUUAUUGGAUUUAAACUCAGCAAUUUAGACUGAUAAGAAAUGAGAAAAACGCCUUUCAUCAAACAUCAAUUCCUUACUGUUUUAAUUGUCUGAAUGUAGAAAUUGCUGAGUCGUAGUUUUAUUUGUAUGUCCAAGUGUCAGCAGACUCAGUCAAAGCUGUGGGAUGUGUCACUUCCUGCUGUGAGACACACAAACUGUAGUUCCUGUUUCAAUUUGACUUUAUCUUCAUCACAUUUGUCCAGACAUGUUUAUGAGAGUGCUCUUUCUUAUUGUGUGAUGCCAGUGAUGACAAAUCCCAUCUCCCCACUUUUCAGAGGAGUAAGUGCUGUUGUUUAUUUGACAGCAGAUUUGAUAGCAGGAAAGAUUCAGUGAAUAGCUUUUGAUUUGUGGUUUAUUUGAUGCGUAUGUCUUUUUAUUAUUUUUACUAAGGCCUGACUGAUAUGGAUUUUUGGGGGCCGAUGCCGAUACCGAUUAUUAGGGGGGAAAAAAUCUGAUAACCUAUUAAUUGGCCGAUUUUUUAAUAUUGUUAUUAAGUUAUCAGGAAGUUAUAAGCACGCCGUCGAUCGGUGCCUCUGCAUCUUAACUCACAUUACUAAUUUCCGGUCUGGUCUCAUCUGGAGACAUGCAGCUGCCUCGGUAAGAGAAGUAGCUCGAUCACGUAAUGUCUAUUGUUGUUUAUUCUACCGUUACUGGCACGGCUAACAGUGUAGCAAGGCUAAUAGCAGGUGGCUAACUCUAACUUUAGCUUGCACAUUACAUGGUGCUUCACCGUUAACUUGGCGUGAGCGAGACCAGCACAGCGGGGAACAUCGUGAAGUGGGUUGAACUUAAACUUGUUGACUUAUUGUGUAUUUCACAAACUGGUUUAUUUACCGUUGAGGCGGACCGCUCUCCUCCGUGCGUCCCUGAGCUGCCUGCUUCAGAUCCGUCACUCUGCUGUGCUGUGAGGUAGUUAGUGGAUGAAGAUUGUCAUGAGGUCGCUGCGCCAUCUACAGGAUAAGUUGAGGAACUUUUCAAAUGGCAGAAUAUUUUCGAAGUGAAACUGAAUCUUAUUCUCACCAUUUUAUUUCUGGAAAUAUCGGCAAAAAUCUGCGAGUUUUGGCCGAUUACCGAUUAGUCUCAAAUGGGCUAAAAUUGGCCGCUUUAAUAAGCUCGCCGAUAAAUCGGUCAGGCCCUAGUUUUUACUGUAUUUAGGUAUAAGUACAGUAAAAACCUUACCUUACCUCAUCAUCUGUUGUUCAUCGCCUUAUUCAUUCAUUCAUCCAGUGUUUCUCUCUGGUAUUUAAAUUGUGUACAUUGUCUAUAGUUUUAUUUUCUUCUCCCUUUUAAUCCCAUGGGGGAUUAAUAAAGGAAUAUUCUGUUCUAUUCUAUAAAUGUAGUUGGUUUAUGAAAAGUAAAGAAGUAACAGAGCCUUGUGUGGGCAGUGGGAAGAGAAGCACGAUUCCUUAUAACACUUAAAUCGGUCAUCUUAUUUUGAAGUGGUUGCACAAUCACAAUAACUGUAACUUGAUGUUAAAUUGAUCCUGCACACCCUUGAACACAAUUUUUCUUGCCCUUACUCUGCUCAAAAACAGCCGUAGCAGCGAGGCCCCUCAUGAGCUCGGUCUUUCUCUGGAGCGCUUCAGCUGGGUGAACACCUGUGUUGUCGCUCAUUACAUCCCACUCUGAUAGAGUUUUUGUCAUCGCUCUGGUGGGAGUGGCAGUGUGGUUUUUACACAAAACCUGAGAUGGAUAUUUCCCCAGAAAUCCUUGACAGCUGCAGAUUUCUGUCGAGAUCAUAAGUCAAGUUUUGUUUUUGUUUCAUGUGAUUUGAAAGCCCAAAAAAGCACAUUGAUGCCAGAGCCAGGCAAAUACAUCUGCAAAAUUAUAUAAUUCACACAUUCAGCGUGUAGGCUUAUAAAUAUAUGAAUAGAAAUGCUGCACCACUAUGCCAAAGUGGUGUUCGUGGUGAGGAUUACAACACUUAUUAUCAGUGUUAACAGCUUGUAUGGAAAGGAUAUUUUUCUAUUUUGAUUUUUUCUUAAGGACCUUCUAAUCAAAAACUAUUUUACCCAAUCUCAUGUCAUAAAUGUAAUUAACAUUUCAUCCUCACAACGUUGAUACAGUGAGCUUAAAUAUAGCAGAUUAGUAAAAAUCUGUUUGUACUAUUUUAUAAACAAUCCAUCCUUUGCUUACAGUGAUUUCAGGGAGCGCUAUUGUCAUUAAAACAUACCUCCUGAUAGCGUUCACCAGAAUUUCUGUAUCUGUACCUGAAAUUUGUUUUUAUUUCAAAAGAAAAUGAACGUCUGUGACCCUUGUGACCCUUCUGUCUUCAACAUCCGGCUCAGGGGAUUCAUGAUCGGUGUUGUUGUUUGAGAAAGGAACUGAACAGUCCGAUCAUUCAUACCUGAUAUUGCAGUGCCAGCUGGAAAUAUUCCUGCUAUGUGUUCCCUAUAGGUUGCACUCAAUGCAUGUUUUCAGUAAAAUGUAGGCCUCCCAAAUACUGCCAUUCUACCACCAACGAGCCGUAACCUAGAUUCUGCAAAUCGGCAUACUAAUCAGUUGCUCUUGUGUUUGCAGAGAGGUACUUGUGUAAAUGCGCUGUUGUUGGUGGGUCUAUGAUUGGCAGGCACCUAUUUGCUCCAAGUACCCAGCAUUUCCCCGUGGACUUCAGCUGACUCGAGAGGCUCUGUAUCUGAGCGUGUGCUCCUCGUUGUCUCGCUGUUUUUAUUUUCCUCUUGAUUCCUUGAGCUCAUUUUCUUUCUUUCCUUACAUGAACAAUAAGUUGUGAUGCUUCUGAGCAGCAGCCUGUGGUUAAUUUGUUAAAUGUGUUGUAUGUUAGCGUGUCUUUGGAGAUUUAACUGUAUGUGGGUCAAGAGGUGGAGCUUCUUACAGAACCAGGAGGAAGCCCUCAUCCGCUGCAGGGAGAAGUGAAAUACCACAUGGAGCUACCAGCCACAUAAACAUGGGGCUGAGUGCCAAAGGGCUGUACAGGGCUAAAAUUAAAUAAGAAGGUGUGCUGGUCUCCAUUUAUCCUCUUCUAUCUGAGACACCAGUUGAGAUGCAUGGAUUUGAUUAAACAGUGAUGAUCCUAAAGAGCAAGUUUGAGUGUUUAAAACGAGUUCCCACCAACAUUCAUACAGUCCAAACCCAGGGAAACCAUUUGGCUCUGAUCAGCGCUGAGCACUCAGGUUCUGCACUCGGGGAAACUGACCGCUUGCCCCAUGCUGAGCCCCCAAACACCUUUUCUUAAGAGGCCAUUGUGUGACGGCUAGAGAGGUAAUAAAUGGUUAGAGGGGCAGGCCAACCAACUUCCCUUCUCACAUGGGUCCCUUUGAGUUGGCUCCAGGCUCCUCAGCCCUGUCCCUCCCAUGUUUAUGUGUUUGGUUUCAUCCAUUUCAUUGCUGCUGCAGCUUUGUUUCCAAGGCAACUUUCACAUCACUUUCUUCAUCAUGAAGGUGGUUUUUAAUUUCAACUGAGAGGUGUCUGAAUUGACUGAACCAGCAUUGAAUUCGCAGAAGUUGAACUUUAGGCCUUCUUGUGAAUGUAAUGAUACUGUCAUGGAUUUCUCCCAGUGGCGCACUUCUGUUUUAUUUGGAGAAAAAGUAUUGCCUGGAAUGUGCUUACUUGCCAGUGGCUUCUGUAUCACAGCACUGUGGCCGCUGUGCUUCCAAGAGCGCCUGUCUUCGUCUGAUUUAAGCACGGAGCAUGACUCCCGUCCAAGGCACAGUCCGAGCUAUCACAUGGUGCGGACAAGUCCAACCUCAUCCACUGCCAACCUGCUUUGGCUGCAAAAUGAGUUCUAAUAUUUCCACUCAUGGAUAUCAGUGUUUAUAAAGAAGUGUCCUAGAUAGACGGAGUCCUUUCUUUGCCAGCUAAGUAUUGGAGAAGUUUAAAAGCUAUCAGUGACCUAUUUUCCAACCCUUUGGACUUGUUUGACAAACAGUCAAAACACAAAGCUAUCUGUUUGCAUCGGUAAAGAAAAAAAAACAAGAGUUAUCUGUAUUUAAAUCUUGGGGGAUUUUUCUUUUGUAAAAUGUCUGGUAAAAUAUUCCUUUUCCUUGUUUGUGUAGGUGAUGGUGAACGGUGAGAGAGAGCGGGUUUCGUUGCUGUUCAUGAAGGCUCUGGUCAGCAGGGGGAGCGUGGACGCCGUGUCCCAGCAGAUGGCCUCUCACCCUCAGUAUCUGGAGAGCUUCCUGCGCACACAGCACUACAUCCUGCACAUGGACGGCCCCCUGCCCCUGCCAUAUCGCCAUUACAUCGCCAUCAUGGUCAGUCACCAGGCCUUUGUUGUUGUUGCACCUCGCUAGUCGUCAUCCCCCCACUGCGCACAAUGCUAAACCAACACAGAAUCGUGUAACAGGCUUGUUUUUUGAUUAGUUAACUUCCUUCCUUUUUCAUUUCCUUGAGGGAACUAAAGUUUUAUCCAAUCUCUAAUCUAAAUCUUCCUGCUAAACUUUCCUUUUCUUAUAAUUGUCAGGCUGCUGCACAACAUCACUGCAACUACCUGGUGUGCCUGCAUUCUGCCCAGUUUCUGAGGGUGGGUGGGGACCCUCUGUGGCUGGAGGGUUUGGAGGCAGCACCCCCACGCCUUCGUCUCCUUGACCACAUCAAUAAGGUGCUGGCCCACCAACCCUGGCUCACUGCCUGCUCAGACAUCCAGGUACAGUAACACAUUUUACAUCCCCAACAAGAAAGUAUCGAACGAUCGCCUGUUAUCAUUAUUAGAAAUUUAAAAUCUGUUUUUUUUAGCAUCCAGAUUAAAAUAUUCUCUUGUUCUUGUGGUCUAUCUUAUCCUCCAGACUCUGCUGAAGUCAGGCGAGCAGUGCUGGUCUCUGGCUGAGCUAGUUCAAGCCGUGGUGAUCCUGGCGCACUGCCACUCUCUCUGCAGCUUUGUAGUUGGCUGUGAAACAGACUCAGACUUUGUCCCUCUCUCAAAAUCUCCCAACGGUACCCCUCCAACCUUCUGCCCUUUCGACGCUACCAACGGCAACACCAACGUGCCUCAGUCUCUCGCUGCUCCCUCUGAACACAUUACACGGCGCCGGGUAACGACACACUCUGUUUUCAAGUGCUGUUCUUGACAUUUAUAAUGCUCUCAAAGUGCAAGAAACGUAAGAUAACUGAAACAACAACUUAAGUUUCAUACAAGAUGACCUGGCGAGACAUUCGUAAAAUAAUUCACCGUUAAUGGUUACAAAUUGUUCUGGAGAAGAUAAAUUCUGUUGGUUUCUAAUCUGUUUUUUUUUUAUGUGUAUCUUUCCUGGUGUCUCUCUACAGUCUCUAGACUCUGGCUGCGACAUGGUGUGUCUAAAGGAGAGGAUACAGAAGUCUCAGGAGGAGCGUGAAAAGAGAGAAGAGCGUCUUCUGCAGUCCCACACGCUCCAGCAAACAGGUAACCUACAAGCGCACCAUCAUCACUCACAUCUUCAUGAGGGUUAUGUCAAGUGUAACAUUCAGUUCACAUGGUGUGAAACUUGAUUACCACUCGUUACCCUUAUUUACGCACUCUCUCCGCAUCCUCCCCCUCCAUCUGCUUUGCUUUCGUCGUGUCUUUUUUUAGACAUGGAAGAAGAGGAGGAGAUGAUUUGCUUCGCAGACCCGACGUGUUUCAUCACAGACCCCAACUUCUGCUAUCACGAGUUUGCACGGAGGGAGGAGGACCACUUUCAAGUGUUUAGAGUUCAGGUUAGGACAAUAAAGCUUUGAAUUUAUCAGGAGGCAGGUGACGGAGACCAGUGGAGAUGUCUUUAUGAUUGUCUGGCAGCCUUUUGAGUGAUGUAAUAGGAAACCUGAAACAUCGAGGGACUUACCGCUCGGUCCAGCCAAAGCUUUUGAUCUCUUUAUCAGACUGCAGCCUUAACUUUAUAACACUUUGAGCUUUUACAGCGUUGUAAAUAGGGAGUUUCCUGAUUGAAAGUUUACUGUCAUAUGUGAUUUAACUCUGACUAAAGCAAAAAUGAAGCCUCUAAAUGAAUGAAACACUGCUACUCUUGAACAUUUGUUUUAUUUGAGAGCUGUUAAUCAGAACUGUGCUGUGUUGUAUUUCUCUUGCAGGACUACUCAUGGGAGGAUCAUGGCUUCUCCUUAGUCAACAGGUUGUAUUCAGACAUUGGGCACCUCUUAGAUGACCGGUUUAGGAGCGUGACCACCCUCUCUUCAUUGCACAGCCCUGACCUGAAAAGGGCCAUCUGGAACUACAUCCACUGUGUGCUAGGAAUUCGGUACGCAACAAUCUCUUAUCUAGCAUGUAUCAAAACUCUCUUUUUGUAUGUUGAGUAGAUGGUUGAAUCUUCUUUGUGUUCACAGGUACGAUGAUUACGACUAUGGAGAAGUGAAUCAGCUUUUGGAGCAAGAUUUGAAGCUCUACAUUAAGAACUUAGCCUGUUUCCCAGAUGCAACCAAAACUCCAGUGUGUCCACUGAGCUGGGCUCCACUUAAGAGCUCAGAACGGGUAAGAAGAAUUCAGCUUUUCUCACCAGUUUAACCCCCACCUUCUCCGUCACUCUGUCUCAAUCAUCUUUGAUAUCCCUUUUCUUUAGAUACAUGUGAAUCUACUCAUCAUGGAAGCCCGGCUGCAAGCUGAGCUGCUGUACGCUCUGAGAGCCAUCACCCAGUACAUGAUCGCCUGA